AUGGAAGCACAUGCCCUCCCCUCCCGUCCCCUCCCCUCCCUGCUUUUCAUUAUGCACCAAAACCAUAUACAGCUGUGUCUCUCAUCCUCUAUUCAAUCUCAGCCGAAUAUGCGCUGCCUCCUCCUCCUCCUCCUCUCCCUCCUAUCCUUUCUCCUCCUCCACAGUGUAAAUGCCUUGCCAAACAACAGCAGCCACCAUGGCUGUUUGCCGAAGCUUCAAUCGCGAGUGAAGAGGAACAUAUCAUGUUCCAUUCCGUGUAGCAUACCAGAGAAUUGGUGUGGCUGGUCACUUGAGAAAGUUUUUGGUGUUGCGCAGGCGUUGGACUUCGGAGAAGAAGAAGAUGAGAGCCAUGACGGUUGGGCUCAGUUGCUAAGAGAAGGGGUAGUGGCUCUGUUGUGCUCAUAUGGUGGGCACGGCUUCCCCCUUCGGCCAUGGCAGGUGAAGACUUUGCUUGUGUCUGCUCUGGUUUCAGAGGAGGUUGCCUCAGCACAAGCACUUGGUUUCUAUAACAUCACGACUAUUUAG